AUGGUAAUCCUAGAUGUCUUCCAGCCCCAAAUUUCCAAAGACUUAGCAGGAGGACCGGAGCGGUACAGGAAGAAAGCUCUGAAGUGGCACCCAGAUAAAAACCCAGACAACAAGCAGUACGCAGAACAGAGAUUCAAGGAGAUUGCAGAAGCAUAUGAAGUGCUUUCAGACAAGAACAAACGUGGUAUCUAUGAUCACUAUGGAAAGGAUGGUCUUAUAGGAAGAGCCAGGCCUGAAGAAGGUUCUAGGACCAACAUGGGGGGUGUCCCUGAAUAUAUGUUCCAUUUCCGCAGUGCCCAUGAUGUCUUCAGGGACUUCUUUGGGGGACGGGACCCUUUUUUUGGGGAGCCGAUGCCUUUCAGUGCUUGUGCCAGUGGAGGAAGAGGGUUUCGUUUCUACUCAUCAUCAACUAACUUCAUUGAUGGAAAACAAAUCACCACCAAAAGAAUUGUUGAGAAUGGACAGGAACGAGUGGAAGUUGAAGAGAAUGGGGAGCUUAAAUCUGUUACUGUUAAUGGUGUGCCUACUGAUAAGGCAUCCAUUAGGGAAGAAAUGCAUCAUAAGGUUCAUGGUGAACCCACCAGGUACAGAUCAGCACCUGAGUUCAGUUACCAUGAUGAAUAUGACUCUGAUCCCAUCUAUGAAGUGCGUACCGUGAGGAAACUAUUCCCUUCCAAAAACAACAACUACACAGCAGGAGAUGAGUCCUCAACGGUGGACAAUGAUUCUCACACAGACAGUGAGUCUCACCAAGAGGAUGAUGGGUCCCAGACUGGUGAUGAUGAAUCCCACAUAGAUGAGUUCUAGCAGCAUGCUGCAUAUGAAUUACAUCCCAUAUAUUGGUGGCAAUUCAG